UUUUAAAGUAAAAUAGCUAAUUUCAUAUCAAUACGUAUUGUAAUGAGAUGUCCAGCUAGCACUUUUAGCGCUCCUUUGUAGGUUUUUCCAAUAGGAUUGUAACUUAGUAGUCAGCAUAAAUUACUUUUGAGCGAAAGGACUGUCAAUAACCUUUGACAUGUGUCAUUGCUUACGUGUCAGCUCGUACCUUCAUUUUGUUAGAAUACUUCCAAGUAUUUUGUAGAUUACAGUUAGUUUUCUGCUGGCGCUCUGCUUUAAUAAUUUGGUUUGAAGUGUGGAGGUAGGCGCGUGCGGCAGAUCCGAUGGAGCUGCAAGCACUGCUAGUACUGUGUGGGGUGGGAGUGGCCGGUCUCGCCAUGCUGCUGCUCAUGGGGCUGUUCUCAGCCUCAGGCACUAGCUAUGAGGAAGCUAUAGCUCAGCAGCGGCGAGCUACUACUGAACUACUUGCUCUUGCUGAAAGUAAAAACAAACCUAAGAAGAAAGAAAAGAAAGCUAAUAAGAAGUUAGCAAAGAAGGAAAAGAACAAGGAAAGUGCAGUGGGUAUGACAGGCAGUGAGGUGGAGAGUGAGGCACCAGCCGAGAGUGGAGUAGAAGAUGAUGUGGUUCCCGCUACCAAGGGACAUGUGGAGUUCUCUUCUUCUGUUGUAGUUGAUGUGCCACGGGACACCCCACCAAAUGUGAAGAUCCGCAAACGCGGCAAGGAUCCUAAAGUAAAGCCGAUACUGCUAAAUAAAGAGGAUCCGAGUUGCGUUAGUGAUCCUAGUACGCUGCCAGAAAACUUGACAACUACUGUUGCCAACCACUUUGAGGAAAUGCAUCCCAAAGACGAGUUCGAAUUGAUGCAUUCAACUCUCGUAGCGGAAAAAGCUCCGGAGAAAGUGGAAGAAGUUUCGGAGAAGAAGGAGGCCAAGGUGGCGAAGGCAUCGAAGCCUGCCAAGACUGUUGCCAAGGCUGCUGUAGCACCUGUUGAGGUCGUCAAGGAGGAAGUCACCAGGGAACGACACAACAGCGGAGAGUCUGCUAAGGAGCAGCGCAAAAGUAAGAAGGCUGAAAAGAAGCCCGUCGAGGAAGUGGCUGAAGUAGUACGUGAGGAGGUGGUGCCGCCGCUGAACGCGCCCCAGCCGAGUGAGCUGACGACCGACAAGCUGCUGAAGCAGGCGCUGGUGACCGCGCAGCCGCCUGCCGCCUCGCCGCCGCCCAAGAACAAGAAGAAGAAGCCCGAACCUAACGUGCUUUCGCUGAUGGCAGCGGGCGACAGCGGCGGCGUUAAUGUUGGGGAGCUGGUGCGUGUUGUUCGCGAGGCCGCUCUGUCUCGCACUGAAAUACAGAUCCUCACCGACGCCUUGCUCAACAAGCACCACGACCCACUGCCCGAGCAUUCUGAAUGGACUGAGGGCCCCAACGACCCCAUACAAAAGUUGAAGAAGCAGCUUGCCGACAAGGAGAAAGCUCUGGCCGAUGAACUGGAAGCGUCGCAGGCGCUGCACGCGAAACUGAAGGAGCUCAGGGGCACGCUGAACGCGGAGCGCGGGCGCGCGGCGGCGGCGGCGCGCGCGGCCGAGCAGGCGGCGGCCGGCGCGCGCGCCGAGCUGCACACGCAGCAGGCGCGCCUGCAGCGUCUGCUCGACGACAACCACCAGCUGGCGCAGGAGAAACUCAUGCUCCAAUCGAAAUUGAGUGCGGAAGGUGAAGUGCAAGCUCAGCGCGUGCAAAUGGAGCUGCAUAUUCAGAGGCUGUCUGAGACAGAAGCAGCGCUCCUGGCGCAGCUGGCAGCUCUGCAAGGCGAGCUGAACGCGCACGCGCUGGAGGUGGGCCCGCUGCGCAUGGAGGCGGCCGCCGCGCGCGACUCCUGCGUCAUGGCGCAGCAGCACGCCGCAGACCUGGCGCAGCAGCUGCAGGAGGCUAACCGCGCGUUGAGCGAACUCGAGCAGCAACGCCAGCUUGCCGUUCACAGCGAGCAGCGCGCGCAGCAAGAGCUGAGACAGCUGCAGGAGAGACUCAGCGGUAUGGCAGACCUUCAAAAUGAGGUUCAGAGAUUGGCGGCCCAUGCCCAGCAAGUCGAAAGUAAGGCCGAUCAAGCUAAGGAAGAAUCAGAAAAAGAAAUUCAACAGUUGUCAGGCGAAAUUGCAUCGCUGCGAGAACAGUUAAUUACCCGUGAGACUGAACUUGCCGAAAUCAAACAGAUGAAAGCAGCAGCACCCACUCAGAAUGGACUGCCCAACGCUAACGAGCAACUCAAGGCGGCGGAACUGGCCAAGAUCGAGAGCAUAGUGGAGUCCCUGCGCGACGAGCUGGCGGCGGCGCAGCGCGGCAGUCGCGAGCAACGCGAACAGAUCGCGCGGCUGCAGGACCAGCUGCUGCAGUACCAGGAGAAGAAUAAUGAAUUGCGAACUAAAAACUGGAAAGUAAUGGAGGCGUUACAGUCUGCCGAAAAGUCCCUUCAGAUGAAAUCGGCAAGUGCGUUGCCGGCCCAAGACUCAGUGCGCGAGGCCAUAGCGAAGGCUACGGAGGCGCAGUACCUGGAGGUGGCGCGAGUGCUGCGCGCGGCGUGGGCCGGGCCCGCGCCGGCCGCCGCGCCCGCCGGCCCGCCCGGCCCGCACUGGCUGCGCGCCUACGCCGACAGCCUGCGGGAACACCUCGCCAGCCCCGCGCCGCCCGCGCAGCCCGCGCCGCCCGCGCCCGCCUCAGCGGCCGACGACGAGCGGCUGAAGGACCUCAUCCAGCAGAACGAAUACUCACAAGCACUUGUCGAUAAAUACAAGAGGAUUAUAGAUGACACCGAGGGAGUGUUGAGCCGCCUACAACAGAACGUGACGCUCGAGGAGCAGCGGUGGGCGCAGCAGCUGGCCGACAAGCAGCGCGAGCUCGACGACCUCAGGCAGCGCACCGUACUGCAGGAACCUCUGGCGUUUGCAUACUCCUGCAUAGAAAAGUCAUUGCCCACGAUCGUAGAGGAGAUGCAAAAGAAAAUAGAUUCAUUACAGGAAGAACUACAUCAGGCGAAAGGUUCCAAUCACAAUCACACUUUCGCUGAUGCGGAACGAAUUGCCGAGGAAAGACUCAUUGCCGGUUUGUCCGAAAAACACAACGUAGAUGUUAGCAAUGGACCGUUACAGAUGGGGCUCGAAGAAAAAUAACAACAGGCAAGUGUAUGCGAGAAGUAUCGAGGUGUCAUUCCUGGAGAGCGGGGCGCGACCGCGCGGCCCCGCGCCGCUCAGGUGUAUGUUACUAUUAAAUCGAUAUUGGUAAUAUGAUUAUAAGAGACUCGCAAACUAACGCUCAGAAUGUAAUGUUCCAAAUUUAUCAUACUCGACAUACAAUCGCAGUAAUCGUCCAAACAAAUUAUUUUUAACUCGAAAAUUGCCAUUAAGUAAUGUUGAUGUUUCCGUUCUAUUAGUACCUACUUUACAAAAUAAGUGUACUUCCCAAUAAAUUAAAUGCUGUAAAACCUUCAUGAGACUUUCGUAAAGAACGAAAGUGGUAUCUAGGCAGCGAAGUAGUUGGCAGCACUCUAGACAUAUUAAUGCACAGGAUUACCUUUCGCCGACUAUUCCCAGCUAAAUAACUGACUGAAAAGUGGCAGCAUACAACACAAUAUAAACAAAAUUAACAUAUGUUCGUUUAAUGGUAUGUAUUGUAUACUAACGCCACUUGUAUACUAUAUUUUACGUCCGUAUAAUUAGUAUUAGCGGAGAAAAUACGCUUGAAUUUAUUUCAUUCGGUGUGACGUGAAUUAAUUCAGUAGCGUUAUGCUGCUUAUCGUAGGGAAGAUUUCAAUUUUAUUCAUUAAUUUAAUUGAAAACUAUGCCAUAACACUUAUUUUGAAUCACGAAUCUUAUGUUAAGCUUGUCGACUGUUGGCAAGUUAGCACAAAAUUCCUUUAAAGUUGUAUUAGUGAUUUUGGGACUGUAUAGGCAAUACGAUAAUUUUAUAGUACUAGUGUAACUGCUUGGUCUAUGUAUCAUAUUCAAUCAUGAAUACAAAAAGUUUAUUUAUUUGCCCGAUCAAAAGAUAUUUUAAAAGUUUGAUUGUGAUGUUUAAAAUAAAAUCAAUUUCUAUGUGGCAAAUGAGCAAUAUUGAUGAUCUUGAUGAAUAUUUAUGUAUGUUUUAAACCUAGUUAGCUUAUAAAAAACGAUUUUAUAUUACGGAAAUAAACAAAGAAAAUUGUGACGUGCGAUUGUAUAAUUGAAAUUCCCAUAUUCCUAAUUUUGGUAUUCCCACAUUUUUAAUUUGCCGAAUUAUCAAUUUUCUAUUCUUAAUAAUUUUAAGGAAUGUUAUUUACUCUUUAGAAUUAUAUCAUUAUUUAUAAAUAUUUUUUUUUUAUCUAGCGCAUAAUCAUUUUUGUCAGUGCCUUAGGGUAAGAUUUGAAUUUAAAAUGCUGACUGUUUUAUUUCUAGUAAUAAAUAAAUCAAAUGCUUGUUAACGGUAAGAUCUAUAAUUGAAGUUAUUUUUACGUUAUUUUUAUCAAUUUCAAUAGUGCUCGACGAGUGUAGUGAAUCACUGUGUCAAAUGUUCUGAGUAUACAGUAGAACGCCCGUGUCUGCGACUCUUUGGAACGUUUCUGUAUGAAUGAAACCCAAUAUUUGAGACUUUUAUGUUAAUUUUAAAACAAUAACUUAUAAAUUGUGCUGUGUUGACUUGAAUUGUAUGUUUCGACAAAUAUUGACUUGAAUGUGCUAGAUGCUGAGAAUCUUAGACCAGUGUUCAAAACAAAGGGUAAAUGAAAUCGCAGCAAUCGAGUCCGCGGAUACGGGGUCACACUUUUAGUAGUAGAAAUAAUAUUAUGAAAUCUAAUUGUAUAAUACGUAAGCCACUUUGUAUGAUAAUAGAAAGACAUCAAAUAAACUAUUUCCUAAUUUA